CGGAACUAUCGUGCGGCAGCAAUCGUGCGCGCGCUCCCUGUUUCUGUCCCUUUCUGUCAUGGCUGCGCUCACAGUGAGAGCAGAUCAGUACACAUGUGUGAAGACAACAACAACCGAAUGGUUACAUCACAUCUGAAGCUUUGGAGAAUCACCCACGAUGAGCAUGUAUAAAUCAGGUUUGGACAUGCUCAGAUGUGCUCUGAGAUCCACGUCGCUGUGGACAUCUGAGUCUUUUAGACGGACACAGAUGUCUUUAUGUUAUAAAAGCAGAAGCUUUGCUGUAUCAUCUCAGCUGGGAAGAAAACACAUUCAAGGACACACAUUAAAACAAGUCCGGUAUUACAGUCAGGGUGGUUACGAUGUUCUUAAUGUUCCGACUAAGCAAACUGCAGCUUCUACAGAGACCAGCGAACCCCUGAAUAAAGCAGAAAGGACUCCUAUCUACAGCCAUUUGCAGAACUGUUUUUGCCCCACUGAUGUGCUGGACACGUUAAAGCAGUUCCCAGCGUCGCAGCAUCUCAUCAGCAACAUCUUCACACGCAUGUGGGAGAGCACAAAGAAAUUGACGGAUGAGCAGCGGAGCUGUGAGCUGCGGCUGAUGUAUGAGCACCCGGGGUUUGAGGAGGUCUGUGAACGGGCUGCGGCCGAAGCCUGGCGCAUGAAGAGCGAUGAUCUGGCCUACACUCUGCUGGGCAUGGUCAACCUGGGAGUUUCACAAAACACGCGUGUUGUGCAGACGCUGCUGCGUGUUAUACAGGAACGGCUGAAUCAGUUUGAAAUAAAAGCUCUUUCGGUGUUGGCUGGCUGUAUACGGGAGAUGGAGGACUGUAGGAACGUUCAGGCCCUAAAGGAGGCUUUAAGGUUGUUGCUGAAGGAUCGUAUUCCUGAGAUCCAGAGCGUGGUUGUCCUGCAGAGCAUGAUGCGUGCGGUGGGCAAAAACUCUCCGGUACACCUGAAGAAACAGCUGGCGAUAAAGACUCUGUCAUUGGCAGAUGAGUUUAAUCCACCCAACAGCCAGUACAUGUUCUCCAGCCUGGCUUCCAUGGGCCUGAACUUCAAACCUCUGCUGGAUGUCUGCAGCAAGAACAUAGCUGAAAAUGUGCAUGAAUUUCCCUUCGGUAGGCUUCUGUCCGUACUGAAGUCCUGCCAUGAGCUUCGCUACAGAAACCACACCCUCUUCAGCUCUGUCUCCGAGUACAUGGCCAACACGUUUGAUAUGUGGAACAACAAACAGGUUAUUCUCAUUCUAGUAUCAUUUGAGGAUCUCUUGUUCAGACCUGUGGUCCUGUUGGAUGCAUUUGUGGAGAGAAUCAUCGAGAACCCUGACAGUCUGACCCUGAAAGACCUUCUUAGUGUUUUAAAAGUCUAUUCGCUCCUCAAUCAUGACCUGAAAGAGAAAAAAACAGAGUUUCUGGCCAGUUUAACGAAGGUCUUAGAGUCCUACCUUCCAAAGAUGUCCUCCAACGACCUACUGAAAGCCAUUUACUGUCUGGCAUUGCUGGAGCACGUCCCUCAAACCCUACUGGAUAAACUGCUACUGCAGGAAACCCUGGACCAAAUACUACAGAAAGGCAACCGGUCAAAUAAGGUUCAGAGGUGGCUGCACAUGUUGGGUCUGUGUCUGCGACUGGAUCAACCUCAGUUGCCACACUCCCUGAGGUCUAUCCCAGACUUCCACUUCACAGUUCCUGCUCAUAAAGUCCCAGUCAACCAGGAAAUGCUCAGUGCAAUCAGGAGCAUUGUGGGAGAUGAUGCGGUUCAGGACAGUGUGCUGGAGGAGAGCUUCUACUUCAUUGACUUUGUGAUUACUCUGCCUCGUCCAAAACAAGAAACCUGCGACCUCCAUGCAGAGGAUUCUGGGUCACCUGAAUGUGCCCAAAGGAUUGCGGUGGUCUGCGCUCCACCUACUGCAUUUUGCUUUGGCACAACACAUCCUCGAGCCGGCUUGGUUGUCAAACUUCGGCAUCUCGAAAAACUUGGUUAUAAACCUGUUUUGGUUCCUGUCCUUGAGCUCAACUCUAAAACUGAGGAAGAGAAGAUUCAGAUGCUACAGAAGCUCAUUUUUCCAGAACAGGAAUCCUCUGGAACGCAGGAAAUGCUGAACGACAGUCCAAAAGCAGAGUGAAUCUCAUUACAGUUCCUG